CAGGGUUAUUAACUGGAAUAAGAUCUUAACCUUUAGUAGAUCUCUUAAGGCUAGUUAUAAUAACCUUAUAUCCUUUAUAUUUAAGAUAUUCUAUAUAAUAAAUUAA